AUGGAUGGUGCUGUCUUUAGGAUGAAAUUGCAAUGGAUCUUGGAGAAUGCUGGAGAAUUUGUGGAUUUGGUGUUUAUGAGUGGACUGGAUUUUGAGGGCAAAACCGCCCUCCACAUUGCAGUGGCGAAUCGUUUCGAAGAAGCGGUGAACAGUCAAAUUAAAGCACAAAAGUACUUUUGUACUUUACCAAGUAAUGCAGCAUCUCACUUGGGUGGGAGAUCUAUGAAUGUGCGUUCCAAAAGUGGAAAAAAGGAUAAUCCAAUUUUCUCUUUCUACUUCCAGUCAUCGCCUAAACUUCAUGUCAAACUUUUGGUCUCUACGGCCAAAGUCGACCUCCUUGCAACAGCUGGAGACAAUGGAUGGAGUGCUCUACAUACUGCAGUUGAUCUUGGUGAUGCUAAACUUACACAGCUUCUUCUACCGACCCACAAUACAACUCUAACACCACAUCACGUCCUCUCCUCGCUUAAACAAGCCACUGCUUCUCCCUAUGCCGUCACAGCGCUUCACAUGGCAGUUCGUCGAAAUAGUGUUCCGUGUGCUGUAAUGCUUUUGCAUACAGCAAAUGCCCUGCUUAAUGAUCAUUCAAGUGGCUGGACAUCCUCGGAGGAGGAGUUAGCAGUAGAUGAGAUUCAGCAGAAACACCACUUCCAUGGACAGGCAGGCAAGGGCUCCAGAAAGUUGAAUAAACUGAAGGAUAGGAAUGGCGAUACACCGUUGCAUUGGGCAGUGAAGACAAACAAAUUUCUGGAUUCUGUUUGCGUUCCUUCUGAACAUCUGAAGUUUUUACCGGAUGAUGGGGAAGAUGGAGAAAAUGGACUGUUGGAUGAAGGGAAAUCGAAAAAAACAUUUCGUGCAAAUUUUCUUCAAACACGAGAUCGUCAGCAGUGGGCUGAAUCGAAACUUCUUGAAGAAGAAGUUGCCAGGCGCCUAGAAAGAUACCUUGAAGCAGAAUUAUCCGUCCUUUUGAAGGAGCGAGAGGCGGAGUUUAAUGCUGAGGUUGAGAGGCGUGUUGCCAUUGAACGAGAGGCGUUGGAAAAACGGAGGAAAGAGGAGGCUGAACGAAAAGCCCGAGAAGAGGAGGAAGAAAAGCGUAGAAAAGAAGAAGAAGAACGCCAACUGAAGGAACUUAACGAGCGUUUGGCUCGUCAGCGCGAAGAGGAGCUAAGCGAACUGCGCCGGAAGGAGGAGGAGGUACGCCAAAAGCAGUAUGAGGAGGAGCUAAGAAAGUUGGAAGAGAAGCAACGUUUAGAGGCGGAGGAACAACGGAGGAUAAAAAAGGAGCAGGAGAUAAUCCUUAAUCGUAAACGGGUUCAAAAUCAAAUGGGAGAGAGUUUAGUUGGUUGA